AUGGCCGAUUUCCUGAUGAACACACCCAUUGUGCUUCACGGGCAUUCCAGUGUGGAUUUCGAUUGUCUUCUUGAUCACCUUUUUGGAAAGCUCCAGGAUACAGAUAGCGACAGCGACGGCAACACGGAACAAGUCAACAACACACCACCAGAAUCCGCGUCCACUCUUGUGUCACUACUGACUAUUAGUGCCGUCUUCGAUGUUAGCGUUGGGAAGUCAUAUGCCGUCAAUCAACUGGAGGCACACCCUGAUCUGGACUUGCCAACGAAGCUCCAGCUUUGUCACCAGUUCAAAAUCCUUCCAUGGCUGACUCCCGCAUUCAGAGAGCUUGUUUCGCUCCCCAUCGAAAGCCUCGGACCAGCGGGCUUAGCAAAAAUUCCUGCUUACAUCUUACAUGCACUAAUUCAAGUUAAACAUCAGAUUUCUACACACCGGCUCACCCUAGCAGCUGUUGUUCCCCCUGCUAUGGCCGGGAUGCUUUGCCAUACACCAAUGUCAUGUGCCAACGGUUGGGAAACGGGUUGGAAAGCUGGCCCUGCGGAGAUGUUGCGACACCCUGAUAUCUUCUAUUCUGGCUGGGAUAUUCUUGCACACCUUGAUUCGGUCGAGGUUCCACACGUUUGCAGUGAUUGCCGGGAAUCUUCCGUCGCAAACGUGAAGGAAACAGGAUGUCUUUUGAUGGAAGACGGAUUCGUGGAGGAUAAGCUCGAGGGGUUGAGGGCCUGGUUGAUGUCUCACUAA